AUGGAUAAUAAUAUAGUUGCAACUUCCACAAUGCCUUUAUCAACUACUCGUUUUAAUAUUUCCGAGCGAAUAGACGUAGACGGUGAUACACCUGUGAAACUCACUGAUAAAAAUGGCAUAAAAACAACCGAUAUAAUUAAAAUUAAUCAAAAAAAGUAUGAACGCAAAGUUAAAAAAGCCAAACUAAGUGCUCGUUCAGAACUUGACAUAUUUGAAUGGUCCAAGUUUGGUUUUGCCAACAGCAAUUAUUGGAUUUCAUCAUGCGCUGACAAACUUCUUCGAAUCGAUGAAUCGCAAGUUUCUCGGGAAGAAUUCAUCAAGAAAUAUGAAGCUCCUGGUUUACCUGUUGUUAUUACUGGUUGUACAAGAGGCUGGGCAGCAGAAACAAAAUGGAAUAAAGAGGAACUUUUGCGAAAUUAUGCCCGUCAUAAAUUCAAAAUCGGUGAGGAUGACAAAGGAAAUCCUGUACGCAUGACUUUUAAGUAUUAUAUGCACUACUUAGAAACAGAAGGUUUAAAAGAUGAUAGUCCAUUGUAUAUUUUUGAUUCGUCUUUUGGAAGACGUGGAAAAUCUAAGAAAGCCAGUGUUGAAGAACUUAAAAGAAAAAAUUUAAACUCGAAAUCUAAGGAAUGUCUGUUGAAAGAUUACAAGGUUCCUGCUUAUUUCGACGAUGAUCUCUUUCGUUUUACAGGUGAAAAUCGCAGACCUCCAUACCGCUGGUUUGUGCUUGGUGGUGGAAGAAGCGGAACUGGAAUUCAUGCUGACCCACUAGGAACUUCUGCUUGGAACACUUUGUUGGUUGGCCACAAACGCUGGUGCCUUUUUCCACCAUCCACGCCUCGCAAAUUAAUUGAUCCAAAGCAGAAAGAUCAUGAAGCUGUAACUUGGUUUACAUGCGUCCUUCCUAAGUUACUUGAAGUCCAUGAAGGAAAGAACAAAAGUCUUGCUGAGGAAUACGGAAUGAUUGAAGCGUUACAAGGACCCGGUGAAACAAUGUUCGUACCGGGUGGAUGGUAUCACGUGGUAAUGAAUUUAGAUUUUACAAUUGCCGUCACACAAAACUUUUGUUCUCCAACUUCUAUUGAACAAGUUUGGCUACGCACUCGAAACGCACGCCCUAAACUUGCACAAAAGCUUUUAUCAAAGAUUGUGCGAUUGUCAACCAUCGGAGGAACAAGACAUAGUAAAAACUUUUAUCGAAAUUUGAAAAGUUCAACUGACGAUGAUGGUGACACCGAAGUGAGUGAAACAGAGAGCGAGGAGGAUGGGUCAGAUG